AUGGCCGCCUUUAAUCUAUCCCGCCUCGAUGCUCAAUCCGCCGCCGAGAAAGCAGUAUCGGUGAUCGGAUUAGGCUACGAUCUCUGCUCCGAUGUCCGUCUCUCGUCUUGCAAAGCUACACCCGACGGGUCGAGGUUGGUCGAGAUUGACCCGACCCGGAACCGUGACCUGGUUUUCCCAGGCGGGAUCGUCGUCAACAACGUCUCGAGCUCGAUUAAGUGCGAUAAAGGAGAACGCACUCGCUUUCGCUCCGAUAUACUCUCUUUUAAUCAGAUGUCGGAGAAAUUCAAUCAGGGUAUGUCACUCUCCGGGAAGAUACCGUCGGGGAUGUUCAAUAAAAUGUUUGAUUUCAAAGGGUGUUGGCAGAAAGAUGCGAGCUCGGUGAAGACGUUAGCUUAUGAUGGAUGGUUUAUUAGCUUGUACAGUGUAGAGCUCGUUAGGUCGCAAGUAACCCUACGCGAUGAAGUGAAGCGUGAGGUCCCUUCUUCUUGGGACUCUGCUGCACUUGCUGGGUUCAUUGAAAAGUAUGGCACACAUAUAGUUGUUGGAGUAACUAUGGGAGGCAAAGAUGUGAUUCACAUGAAGCAGAUGCGUAACUCGAAUCACGAGCCUGAGGAAGUCCAGAAAGUGUUGAAGCAACUGGGUGACAAAAUGUUCUCAGUUGAUCCAGUUGAAAGUAACUCUCCUGUCUCUGCUUAUCCCGGAAAGCCAAAGGAAGAGAGUAGUCCUUUACAAUUCGGAUUUCAUGGGCCGUUGGGUGCCUCCGUUGGUCCUGCUGUUAUCGUGCGGUACAAGAACGAGGAAAUGGUGAGCAUUUGUGUUAGAAGGGGAGGUGUUGAUAUGGGGCAGAGUCAUGUUCGAUGGCUCUCAACGAUAUCACAGUCACCAAACGCCAUAUCCAUGUGCUUUGUUCCUAUAACUUCACUCUUGAGUGGUCUCCCAGGAACAGGGUUUCUUAGUCAUGCAGUGAACUUAUACCUCCGAUAUAAGCCACCAAUAGAGGAGUUGCAUCAGUUUCUUGAGUUUCAACUUCCACGCCAAUGGGCUCCGGUGUACGGAGACCUCCCUCUUGGGCUACGCCGCACAAAGCAAAGUUCUCCAUCCCUUAAGUUCUCUUUGAUGGGUCCAAAACUAUACGUCAACACAUCAAAGGUUGAUUCAGGUGAGAGACCAGUAACCGGACUACGGUUAUUCCUGGAGGGGAAGAAAGGAGAUCAUCUAGCGAUCCAUUUGCAGCACCUCUCUACGUGUCCUCCGAGUCUCCACCUCUCACAUGACGACACCUAUGAACCCAUCGAUGAACCACCUGAAAAAGGCUAUUACGAAGCCGUGAAAUGGGGGAUCUUCUCACACGUGUGCACCGUACCGGUUCAGUACAACGGAGCACGGUCUGAUGACGCCGCCUCUAUUGUAACCAAAGCCUGGCUAGAAGUCAGAGGAAUCGGGAUGAGGAAAGUUCUCUUCUUGAGGCUUGGUUUCUCACUCGUUGCAUCAGCUGUUACACGUAGAUCCGGAUGGGAUAAUCUCUCAUCAAUCUCGCGCAAAUCGGGCGUCUUCUCGAUGAUUAGUACGAGGCUAAGCGCGGGUUUGAGUCCGAGCCCGGCAACGAUGAAGCCGCAGUCUAAGAUCGAUAUGAACUCGGCGGUUUAUCCAGGAGGGCCAUCGCCGCCUGUGAAACCGAAGCUGCUGAGUCUUGUGGACAUGAAGGAGGUGGUGAGAGGUCCAGAGGAACCACCUGGAUAUUGGGUUGUGACUGGGGCUAAGCUUUGUGUUGUGGCAGGCAAAAUCUCAAUCAAAGCUAAAUAUUCUCUGCUCACUGUUGUGUCGGAAGAUUCAUUGGUCUGA